UGUUCAGCAGAAGAGAAAUUCAGGGCAAGUAUAUGACCAUUUUCAUUUUUGGGUGAGCUAUCCAUUUAACAUUACUAUCUUUGUCAGAAGUAAGUCCAUGUCUUGAGUCCAACUUGAUUUGAAUGUAGGCCUGACUAGUUGCACAAUAACGGGCUCUAGUACUUUUAAGGCAGAAAAAAAAACUUCUGGAGCAUUUGCACAUGUUGAACAAAAUGUUCUUUUAAAAGCCUAUCAAAUAUAUACUGAUUAUCAAGAGUUGUACACGAACCAUCAUAAUUUAAUAUUUAAAAUAUUAGUUUUUCUACGUAGGGUCUUUUAUUUUGACACUGGUCUAUAUGUCGUGAAUUCACGUGACUGCUACUUUCAGUCUGGAAACAUGGCUUUUCUUACAGAGGAUCAGUUCACUGCUUUGCAAUUGCUGUUAAAGGCUCCGUCUAAAGAUGUUGUGCGGCAGAUUUGCGCAGAGAGUUACCCAGCCGGAGCCUCCAAGCGUCAGUCUGUAAUCGAAAAAACAGCUAAUUCUCUCUCUGUGUCCAGUAGUGAAGCGAUCCAGUUGCUGACAGCUUUUCACGCACUCUCGCAUCAUGUUGUGUACCAGAAUCUAACCUCUCCGGAACAGAUCUUGUCAAUUUUCCCAGAAUCAUUCCACUCAAACCUAAAGAAUCUGAUCACCAAAAUUCUCUUGGAAAACAGUGUCACAUGGAGAAAUGAUGCUAUGUCCAGUCAAAUUUCAUUGCCAAAGCUGGAGGAUAUGGCGUGGCGAGUGGACAUGAAAACUGCUUCGGACUCCUUGAGUCGUAUGGCUGUGCCAACCUGUCUUUUGCAAAUGAAACUCCAGGACACUCCGUGCAUUAGUGGCGGCCCAAGUGAGUCCACAAUUACAAUGGAGCUGAGUAGAGAGACACUGGACACCAUAAUAGACGGUUUGGGUCGCAUCAGGGACCAGCUGACUGCAGUGGCAAGGAAGUAGAGCAGAAUGACAGAUGUUUGCCCCCACACCUUUCUGUGGAUAUUCUGACAAAUACUGCUGGAUUUUUUGAUGCAAAAACAACAACAACAAAACAAUGGACAUUAAAAUAUAAAUAAUUGUAAAAUAAAUUAACUGAUUGAAUUAGUUUGUCCUUGUUUUGAUAUGUGAUUUGUUUCAUGUUUAUAAUCUUUGUUAUAUAGAAGUUGUCCCUUACAGACAAGGUUUUUUUUUUUUUUUUUCAAUUCUACAAGCACUUUUUAUGCUCAUGGAAAUUUUUCACAGCAAUAAACUGAAGAAAAUUCUAAGCUAGUUUGCAAGUUUGUAAUAAAUUGACAUAAUGCAACUGCUUAGGUAUUACAUCAAUAAAAAUGUCAGACAGUUUUAA